AUGGCUCACUCCGGCAUCCAGAUAAUGCAGAUCAACUUGCAUCACAGCAAAAGCGCCUCGGCGAUUCUAGCCAGGAGCCUGGCAGUGAUGCACACAGGCAUAGCCUUAGUACAAGAGCCAUGGCUGGUACACAAGGCUAUCCGGGGACUGGGCGGGUGCGGCAAUAUUUACCAUGUACGCUCAGAGGAAAAACCUAGGACCUGCAUUAUAGUCAAGGGACUAAAUGCGACCCUACUGCCACAGGUAAGUAACGGAGACAUCACAGUCAUCCGUCUCAGGCUAAACCUUAACGACGGAGGGAUCCGGAAAAUGUUACUGGGUUCAAUUUACAUGCCCUAUGACUCCCCAGACCCACCACCUCAACCAGAAGUCAUGAAAGUGACAGAACUGGCAAGAAAAGAAGGACUGGAACUCCUAUUGGGCUGUGAUGCCAACUGCCACCACACAGGGUGGGGCAGCACCAACAUCAACUCUAGGGGAGAAAGUCUUCAUGAAUUCCUCAUCAGUACAGAACUGUUUAUCUUGAACAGAGGAACUAAACCAACCUUCAUGGACUUCAGAAGACAGGAGGUAAUAGAUAUCACUAUUAGCUCGCAGGGACUAGUGGACUUGGUGAGAGACUGGAGGGUCUCCAAUGAACCUUCAGGAUCCGACCAUAGACUCAUCCGCUUUUCCCUGCAACUAAAAGUCGCCACCACUUGGACUCGCAACCCAAGACGCACCAACUGGGAUGGAUACAGAGCAGAUCUCGAUGCCACUAUCAAGAACAUCCCAACCAAGUUCCAUACUAGGAAAGACCUGGAGACAUCGGCGCUCUGUCUAGGCAAUGCCAUCACAGACGCAUACGAAGCAAACUGCCCGCUAAAACCCAAGACGGGAUCGUCUCGAGUACCGUGGUGGACUCCCGAGUUAGCCAAACUCAAGACUGAGACCAGAAAGCGUUUUAAUAAGGCAAGAAACACCGGACUUGCUGUACACUGGGAGAUCUAUAGAAGCUCCCAGAAAGAAUACAGCAAGGCCAUAGUAAAGGCCAAGCGGAAAAGCUGCAGAGAUUUCUGCGGAAGCAUAGAGGAAACCCCAGAGGCCUCCAGGCUAUGCAGAAUUCUAUCCUCGGAUCAUCGAACCCAGCUUAACUGCUUGCAACUCCCAAAUGGGGAAUUUACCAGCAGCGAAUCACAUACGCUAAAACACCUGUUGGAAACCCACUUCCCGGGCUUCCAAGAAACAACACCCACAACUAACUGCUACAGCACAGGAACCGGGGACUCCUAUAAGCCCCGGGACUGGCUACUGGCAAAUAAGAUUGCACAACCCAGGGACAUAGAAUGGGCGAUUAAAACCUUCCGCCCAUACAAGGCACCUGGACCAGAUGGAAUCUUUCCAGCACUACUACAGGAGGGUCUAAACGUCUUAAUAGGCCCCCUGACAAAAAUUCUCAGGGCUAGCAUAGCCCUCAGACACGUCCCUCAGGUUUGGGUGAACACCAAGAUAGUAUUCAUUCCCAAAUCGGGAAAGAACGGACACAUCCGAGCAAAGGAUUUUAGACCCAUCAGCCUCGCCUCUUUCCUCCUUAAAACACUGGAAAGGCUGGUUGAUCGUUAUCUCAGGACAGGCCCGCUGACCCUAAGCCUCUGGCUACUUCACAUAUGCCUAUAG